AUGGCCACAAGCACUACUCCGGUAGAAGACCUGAUCCGCGAGAGGCUCGCUCCCCUCAAGCCUAGCCGUCUGGAUAUCUUCAACGACUCACACCUCCACUCCCACCAUGCUGCCAUGGCUGGCCGCGUGCAGUCUGGCGAGACCCACUUCCGCAUCGUCAUCACCGCCGAAGCUUUCCGUGCCCAGCGCCAGCCGGCCCGCCACCGCAUGAUCUACGGCCUGCUGCAGGACGAGAUGCAGCGCGACGGCGGGAUCCAUGCGCUGCAGCUGCGCACAAUGACACCGGAGGAGGACGUCAAGCGUGAGGAGCAGAAAAAGAGCGCCGGAGACGCUGUCGGCUGUGGGCAAGAACACUGA